CAGGCGGCGAGGUCGGAUGCGGCGGCCUUGGAGCGCCGAGGGACGCGGGGUCGCUGCAGAGCCUGGUUUGAGAGCCACUCUCCCGAGUUAAUAUGCGAGGUGUGCUGGAGGUGAGGAUACACAACGCCUGCCCAGAGGAGCACUGGGAGGAACGUGGCUUGAUCUCCCUCUUGUGGAAAAUUAUUGGAACUAUAUUCUUGUGAUACUCAAGAAAAAAAAUCCAGCAUCCAUCAGGAAAUAAAUGAUGGCAGCAGUUACCAUGCCACCUGAUGCUCUUGUCAGCCCUCAAGGAAAUGAAGAGGUAGACUCUCUUAUUGUACUGCAUUAUAAUUACACAGGAAAGCUUAUUUUAAGGGAAAAGGCAACUGAUAAAAUAGACCUGCCCACCAUUUCAUUUCUGAUCCUAUGUAGUUUCAUAGUCCUGGAAAACUUGAUGGUGUUGAUUGCCAUAUGGAAAAACAAUAAAUUUCACAACCGCAUGUACUUUUUUAUUGGCAAUCUAGCUCUCUGUGAUCUUUUAGCUGGGAUUGUUUACAAAGUAAACAUUCUUAUGUCUGGGAAGAAAACUCUGAGCUUGUCCUCUACAAUCUGGUUCAUUAGGGAAGGUAGCAUGUUUGUUGCCCUGGGAGCUUCCACUUUCAGCUUGCUAGCGAUAGCUAUUGAGCGGCACUUGACCAUGAUCAAAAUGAGGCCUUACGAUGCAAAUAAAAAAUACAGGGUGUUCCUUCUCAUUGGUACAUGCUGGCUUAUUUCAAUUUCCUUGGGUGCCCUCCCCAUUCUCGGCUGGAACUGUAUAAACAAUUUACCAGAUUGCUCAACAAUUUUGCCUCUGUACUCCAAAAAUUAUGUUGUGUUCUGCAUUAGUAUCUUCAUAGCCAUUUUGGUCGCCAUUGUCAUCCUCUAUGCCCGCAUCUACAUACUGGUAAAGUCCAGCAGUCGUAAUGUCACCAACCACAAUAACUCGGAGCGGUCCAUGGCACUCCUUAGGACUGUUGUGAUCGUUGUUAGUGUCUUCAUUGCGUGCUGGUCUCCACUGUUCAUCCUCUUCCUCAUCGAUGUGGCCUGCAGAGUCAAGGAGUGCUCCAUCUUGUACAAAGCGCACUGGUUUAUUGCUCUGGCAGUCAUCAAUUCUGCAAUGAACCCCAUCAUCUACACCCUGGCCAGUAAGGAGAUGCGUCGGGCUUUCUUUCGCCUUGUGUGUGGCUGCCUGGUGAAAUCCAAGGUGGCCAGAUCUUUGCCUAUUCAACCCACUCCAGAUCACAGUCGAAGUAAAUCCAGCAGCAGCAAUACCCAGAAGCCAAAAGAAGAUUUCCCACCGAUAAAUAUUCCCUCAUGUAUUGCUGAGAAAAAUGAAUCUUCAUUUCACAAUGGAAACUUCUGUAAGUAAGGGACUACUCAAGACAAGUACUUUUCUGUGUUUUUAGGUUUAAACUACAGGUGUAGUUUAAAUAUUCAUGCACUUCAGUCACAGGGGAAAACACUAACCAUUUAUUUAACUUUGAGAACUUAUUUAUCAACAAUCAUUUGCUUUGGGUGUUCAUUCAGUAACACACCUGAUUCAGAAAAAGCCUUUCAUGCUACCCAGCGGUCAAGACAGAGUCCAUGCACAGCUAAGAUCAUCAAGUGCCACAAUGGCAUUGCAUGCUAAUGCUUCAUUUGGCACCUUGUGGUCUUGCAAGACAUCAUUAAAACCUGUUAGAAACUUCAGCAUUCAACUAAAGACUGCUGACAAUUGUAACAUGAGCCCAGUUAUUGCCAGCUGGGAGAAGAAUUCAUUGCAUAAGUUGGUGAUUAUAGUUCUCUAUAUGUAUCUUGCUGUUGUGUUAAUGGCCUUAUAAGUAUGUGGUAUAAAUAGCUGUAUAUUUGUACAAUUUCUUAUUAAAAAGUCAUUGAUUGGUAAAAGUUUACAACAUGCUAAACAUUGUAUUGCAGUAUACAGUGUGACUAAUAGUACAAAUAGAUGCGUUUCAAUGGGGAUAUUUAAAAUGAAGUAGUAGCUUUUAACUGUCAGAAACUUUAACAAGUCAUAUCAAUGCAGUAUUUUUAUUUUUUCCGUUGUUAUUCUAACUUUUUGUGUUUAGUGAAGGACUACAUGGCAGUUGACACUAUGGCAUUUCACAACAUAUUUUAAGUAAGCAGUAGUAAACCGUUGAGAGAGGAUAUAUAUUUGCUAUUUAAAGUAGAUAAAAUGUGAUCCCUCAAUACAUGUGUAA